UAAAGCCAGGGCAGUAGUGAGGAACAUCUAUUUAAGGGGACAGAAAUUACAUUUUUGGGUAAAUCCACCAGGGUUUUUGUCUGAAAAUGAAGAUCUCUGCUCUGUGCCUGCUGUGUCUUCUACAUCUUGGCUAUGCUGCAGCUGAAGACAGAGUAUAUUAUAUUGCAAUUAGAGAAACUCAUUGGGAUUAUGCCCCCAGUGGCAUGAAUGUUAUGUCUGGAAAGUCCGUAGAAGAAGAUGAAAAUGCACAGACCUUUCUAGUGGGUGGACCUAACAGGAUAGGAAGAGUCUAUAAGAAAGCUGUUUACCUGCAGUACACUGAUGACUCUUAUAGUAAAGAAAUAAAGAAACCUGAGUGGCUGGGAUUUCUGGGUCCCAUGUUAAAAGCUGAGAUUGGAGACAUAAUUAUCGUUCAUCUGAAAAACUUUGCCUCCAGACCAUAUAGUAUCCAUCCACAUGGAGUACAGUACACAAAGGAAAAUGAAGGUGCUCUGUACCCAGAUAAAGCUUCCAGUGGACACCAAGACGAUGCAAUAGAGCCGGGUCAAUCACACACUUACAGGUGGGAAGCGGUCAGUGAACAGGGUCCAACUGCUAGCGAUGAGGACUGUAUAACAAGGAUCUACCACUCACACGUCGAUGGCCCGAAGGAUGUGUAUUCUGGCCUUGUAGGACCUUUGAUCAUUUGUAAAAAGGGCAGUAUAAAUGCGGCAGAGCAGCACAAAUAUGAAGAAUUCAUCUUGAUGUUUUCCGUGAUUGAUGAAAAUCUGAGUUGGUAUCUGGAUGAAAACAUCAAUGCGUUUUGCACUGAUCCAUCCUCGGUGGACAAAAAUGAUGAGGAUUUUCAGGAGAGCAAUAAAAUGCACUCUAUUAAUGGAUACAUGUUUGGAAACCUUCCUGGACUUUCAAUGUGUGAAGGAAAACACAUUCACUGGUAUCUCUUUGGUAUGGGGAAUGAAGUCGAUAUCCAUUCAGCAUACUUCCAUGGACAGGUUCUAACAUCCCAAACUUAUCGUGUUGAUACCUUGAACCUUUUCCCUGCAACAAUGAUCGAGGGUCACAUGGUUACAAAGAAUCCUGGGAAAUGGCUCCUCACCUGCCAAGUCAAUGACCACUUAGCAGGUGGCAUGCAAGCAAUUUAUGAAAUCAGGAGCUGCCCAGCAGAAAGUCAGCAGCAACAGAGCUACAGUUGGAGAGGACGUGAAAGACACUAUUAUAUUGCUGCAGAAGAAGUCAUCUGGAAUUACGCUCCAACGGACACUAACCAAUUUACAGGAAAGAAAAUAGAUCAUCCUGAUACUGAAUCUGCAGUGUUUUUUGAACAAAAUGAAGUAAGGAUUGGUGGCUCCUAUAAAAAAGCUGUUUAUGUGGAAUACACAGAUGCGACCUUCACAACAAGGAAACAGCGAUCCAAAGAGGAAGAACACCUUGGAAUCCUGGGUCCUGUCAUGAUAGCGCAAGUAGGAGAUUUUAUAAAGGUAACAUUUAAGAACAAUGCAAGUCGAGCAUACAGCAUCCAAGCUCAUGGGGUGAGUUACACCAAAAACAUGGAAGGUGCGGCUUACAGAACUGGAAAUCUUAUUGAAGAUGUUCCUUCACCUGGCUCCCAUGUGGCUCCUGGGGAUACAUUUAUCUACGAAUGGGAAGUGCCAUCAAGUGUGGGUUCCAAUAUUUUUGAUCUAAACUGCUUGCUAUGGCUGUACUUCUCUUCUGUGGAUGUUAUCAGAGACACUAAUUCUGGUCUUGUUGGUCCUCUGCUUAUCUGCAAAACCAUAGAUGUAAACAACCAACAGAGAGGAAUAGCCCACAAUUACUACUUGAUGGCAACAGUAUUUGAUGAAAAUGAGAGCUGGUAUUUGGAUGAAAAUAUUGAGCAAUUUACAGGCACCCCUUCCAAAGUGAACAAGGAAGAUGCAGAAUUCCAAGAGUCUAAUAUGAUGCACUCAAUUAAUGGAUACAUGUAUGGAAACCAGCCUGGGCUUGAUAUGUGUACAGGAGACACGGUUCUGUGGCAUUUGAUGGGCAUAGGGAAUGAGGUUGAUAUGCAUGGAAUUCAUUUUACUGGCAACACUAUAGUAAAUCAUUAUACAAGGGCUGAUACAGCAAAUCUCUUCCCCCAUAUCUCAUAUAGUGUUAUUAUGAACCCAGAUAAUGAAGGGGUUUUCAAUGUUGAAUGCAUGACCACCGACCAUUACACCGCUGGUAUGAGACAGCACUACAGGGUCAAAUCUUGUGCCAAGGAAUUUACCAGUUUAUUAACCCGAACAAACACAUAUUACAUUGCAGCAGAAGAAGUACAAUGGGACUAUUCUCUGAACCGGACUUGGGAACAUGAAAGGCACAUUCAUCAUAGUGAAAGCCCCGGAGAUCCAUUUUUAAACAAAAGUGAAAAGUUUAUUGGUUCAACAUAUAAAAAAGCAGUUUAUCGGCAGUAUACUGACAGCACUUUUACAACUCGCAAAGAAAGGAAAGAAGAGGAAAAGCAUUUGGCAAUUCUAGGUCCGCUUUUAACUGCAAAAGUUGGUGAAAAAAUUAAAAUUGUGUUUAAGAACAAAGCCAGCAGACCAUAUUCAAUCUACGCACAUGGAGUAAAAACAGAUGGUCCAGCUGUACAAACGAAGCCUGGGGAAACACAAACAUACAUUUGGAAAAUUCCAGAAAGGUCUGGACCUGGCAAACAUGAAGACACAGACUGUGUGACAUGGGCUUAUUAUUCAACAGUAGAUCCAAUAAAGGACACAUACAGUGGAUUAAUUGGUCCUCUUGUGAUCUGCAAAAGCUUAUUGUUCCCGCUGCACGUGUUUGACAAACCAAAGAGGAAGUUUGCCCUUCUUUUCAUGAUUUUCGACGAGAAUGAGUCGUGGUAUUUGGAGGAAAAUAUCAAAACCUUCUCCUUGCAUCCGGAUCAAGUGCAAAAAGAAGAUGAGGAUUUCAUUGAAAGCAAUAAAAUGCACAGCAUAAAUGGCAAGAUGUAUGCAAACUUAGAAGGCCUCACUAUGCAUGUGGGAGAUGAAAUCAGCUGGCACCUUAUUGGACUGGGGAAUGAAGCUGACAUACAUACAGUACAUUUUCAUGCACACAGCUUCAAAUAUGUGAGAGGAGCGAUGUUUCGUUCAGAUGUGUUUGACCUGUUUCCCGGAACAUUUAAAACAGUUGAAAUGACCGCCAAAAUUCCCGGCACUUGGUUACUGCACUGUCAUGUGACGGACCAUAUCCACUCUGGGAUGGAGGCGCUCUACACUGUAUUAGAAAAAAAACGAUCUCAAUCCAUUUUUACAAAGCUUAUCAAACAUUGACCUGGGGUGCUGGAGUGUGAAAGAUGGAUGGAGGAUCUGUAACUACUGACAGAGAACUCUUCUGUGAAUGGUCCAUUUAAGCGAUUUCAUUUCCUCAUAUAAUUACGGAAGCACAUGGAUGUAAAGUUUUCUUUGCAGAUUAACGUUUUCCACGUUACCCUUUAUGUUUCUGCGCAGUGCUUUUGUUGGAUGUUAUUAAAGUUGAGUUUCCUUUCA